AUGCCGCCGUUGAAGGUGCACUUGGCCGAUGAGCCGCGGCCUAUAAGAUGCAAGGCCCGUCAGUACUCUCUGCCUCAGCGAGAAUUCAUGCAGCAGCAUGUGAAGGCAUUAGAGGCAGCUGGCUUUGUCUACCGGAACCCCGCCAGCUGGUGGGCCUCGGCCCCCCUGAUCGUGCGCAAGCCCCAGGCCAAGGACGAGUUCCGAAUGACGAUGGACCUGCGGCCGAUCAACAGCCAGACUGAACAGAUCGCGUGGUCGAUGCCCAUGUUGGAGGUGGAUCAUUUGAGUGGCGCUUUCGCCCUCGACCCCAGCUACCAGGAGAUGUCCGUGCUGUUGGAGGACGUCAGCUGGUCGGUCGUGCACGACGACGACUGUUUGGCCAAGACCAAUGCCGUGCUUGGGAACUUGGUGGAGCUGUUUCACCCAGACCCCCAGCAGCGACUUUUUGUGUUUGCUGACGCGUCGGAAGGCCACUGGGGAUCAGUGAUCACGCAAGUGCCGCCCGACCAGUUGGACCGGGCAAUUGACACCCAGAACACCAGCCCAUUUGCGUCCAUCGCCGAAGCCCAGGUGGUCACCCCCGAGGACGUCUUGUCGGGAAUGACCAAGAACCAGAACGCCGUCCACCAGGCCACGUUCGACAGCCUGGAGUCGUUCUGCCAGUGGACCGGCAUGAAGGGCGACGUCGAAUGUUUUGUGCGUCGGUGCCUUCAUUGUGCCAGUGCAUCUGGCGGUGCGCCGCGCCCGCUUGCCCUCCACUCGACCACGCCGCCCAAUUGA